UGGAAACAUGUCAAUUAGAACAAGGACCUAGAUGGUAAAAGAUAAAAUUGUAAAGGAAAAGACUUUUCCAAUUCGCUGAAUUUUUUUGCGUCCAAGGGAAUAUGUCAUUUUAUGAUUAUAUCAACGAAGCAGACGAAGCAAUGAAAAGUAGAUGAAGAUGGAAUUUGAAAGACUCCAAGCUCUAAAAUUUGUUGUACAGACAUUGAAUUCGUAUUAGAAAACUCACAAUUUGACGUUAGGAACCCCACUUAUAGGUUUUUAUUAUUUUCCUGUUUCCUACCAACUACUGAACACAAGGGACGUAGAAAAAUGCAGAGUUAUCUAGUGUCAGUUAGGAACUGGCUAUUUUGGUUGUUUUCACUCUGUUUCUUGCUUACAGUGAGCAAUGCCCAAUUAUCUAUCAUUGUCAAGGACCCUGAACAAGAAGAGUUUUAUACGAGAGUAACCUGUGAAAAGGUGAACGCACAAAUUCACCCUUUGUAUGCCAAUUUUUUAUAUUGGGGUGAUGAUAAACCUGUCGCCAUAUGUUUAUUUAAUAUAAAGGAUCGGGAAUGUACUUUAAGCCCCUUAGAAAGCAUGGAAAAUCUUUUUUCUUAUUAUUUACACUCUGAGAUAGAUGAACUUAAAACUUCGGUUUACUUCCCAUCGGAUAAGCGAGAAGAGUGGACGGGUCCAUUCGAGUGCAACAGAAGUUCUGUUAUUAACGAUAUAGUGUCGACGUCGACGGGUAACGUUAAUUCUUACAAAAUAAACGACUCGGGCUUUUAUUGUGUGGCAACGAGGCCAUUGACAAGCUUGGAUUCGGACAUUAUUAUAACUUUUACGAAGCGUGAAGUUCUAUCUAUACAACAUCCAAAGACGAACAAAAACUAUACCCCACUUGUUACUACUGUUAUUUCUCUGCUAUCAGCUGGUUACUGGAUCUACGCACUCUCGUCCCAACCUGAGAAAGUACUACCUAUGCAAUAUGGAUUAUUGCUGCUCAUUAUUAGCACGGCUAUUAAUCCCUCAUUGUUUUCUUCGGACAAUUGGAGAUUAGAGCUCUGUCGUAUUUUUCAAAACAGCUUUCGGAUGUUUGUGCAUCGUUUGCUCCUUUUUCUUGCCUCUUUUGGUUUUGGGGUUUGGCGACCUGUUCAACCCAAAUUCAUUAUCAGUGUCGGUACUGGAUUGAUUUUUCCAUUUCUCUUUCGCAUAUUUCUUAGACUAUAUAUGUUAGAAGGUCGUGAUUAUUAUCAUUAUGAACCUCUGCUCUUAGUUGAUCAAUGGUUAAAUGAGUGUGCUUCCAGCAUAAUCUGGUUAUUCGUCAUUUUUUUGCUGUAUAAAGAAAGGACCCAAAAGAAUAAAUACUCUGCGAAAGUUUGUAACCGUUCACUGAUUUACUGCAUUAGUGUCAUCUGCAUUUUUCCUUUCCUUUUUGCAUUUAAUGCUAUAAUCAUUGAUAUGCUUCCGUUUUAUGAAUAUGUUAACGAAGACAGUCUAGUACAGUGGCUGAUUCGCUAUUUUAUUGAAGUCAUUAUUCCUUGUUAUAUAUGGAAUCCUUUCCAGAAUGAGUAUAUUGCUUACCGAGAAAGCGUGGAAUUUUAAAGCCCAACUAGCAAAAUUUUACUUUCUUUUAUCAAAAUCCUUCUUUUUCCUAAUUCAUACAUAAUUAAUAACUUUGCUAAUAUAUUUACCUCACACUGACUAAUCUCCAGCUUUAAUAAUAUAUCUCGGAUUUCCUCGAUAGUUUGAAUUUUUAUUGUUUUACAAUUUCUGUC